GUCCUUGGAUAGCAUUUGAAGUCUAGUAUCUCAAUUGAGUGGUGUUUGUUCGAGGAGAGAGAGCUUAUCUUACCAGAAUCGAGCUGAAGUGAGUGGUGGUCUGUAAACUCGAGCUGUGAGAGUGCUGAGACUGUUUGGUUGAUAUAUCGAGUUAUACCAAUCCAAUUAAGGCGUGUGAGAUACCCAAAGAAAGCUCUCAAGACGAGGAAUCUGUGAAGGGCUGGUUUGAAUCAAUCGGAGUAGUGGAAGGCUUCCAAAUCGUCCGAGCAAAACACAACCUCGCAGAGACGGAUCUACUCUUCUAAAGAAUCGAGUUAGCCGGAAAACACCCGUUCUAGGGGCUGUUUUCGUAUCAACGAUUCGGAUUUGAAAUAGCAACUUGAGGAGGCUGUUUAGCACCCAUUUUCAAGCAAGGAACUAGUUCCCAAUCUUCCUUAGCCGAGGCUUUGGUCAUUGGAUCGAGAAGGAAGGUUUUAAAGCUCAUUUGAGGUUGAGGCUAGAGCUUGCUUCCUGUGCUCGUUGCUCGAGAGAUCAUAUAGGAGGGAAGACUUGGUUCGUGCUUCCUCCAUUCUGUUUUUAAACCUUUCUAAACAUGCUCAUGGAUAUUUUACUAUGGAGCCUGCGUGCUCAUGAAAUGCCUUGUGUGGCCCUUUUGUUUUAAACAAUGUUUCCGCUGCGUUAUGAAUUACUUAUUAUGUUUGUUUAUGGAUGUAUAUGUGUGAAUGAUAUUCAAGACGCCUUGUAUAAUAUGAAUGUGUUGGACUGCGGUUGACUAUUCGUAUUGUACGGCGGGUUGUUGACGUGUCCGGAUAGGUCCGGGGCGUGACAAUUAAGUUGGUAUCAGAGCCUUAGUCCAUAAACUUCAUAAUGAAGUCUCAAAAUUCUCUUUUCAAAAUGAUUUUUGAAAACCAUGAGCAAAAACGUUUUGUACUUAAGAACUUUUGGUGUUUGAGUUGCAAGGUCUCUAAUUGUUAAGAUGGCGCCCUUAACGAUUGGUAUGGCGGUGACUUGGCCCAAGAGAUGUCUUAGGUGCCUAUCUGUCAGUUGACAUUUGAAACGAGUCUAAUGACUCAUUCUAAUUAUUUCUUUCAGCGAUGGAGGGUGAUGGUGGUAUUAUGAAUAGGGAGAACUCGGAAGGGUUUGCACCGGGUGGAACCGGGCAUGCCAACCGAGAAAAGCCCUUAGGACCAAAGGUGCACGAAACUCUUGAAGCUCAAAUCGUGAGUGGUGGUCAUGUUAAGACCAAGGAAGAAUCACCUUGUUAUGGCAAAACUGAACCACUCAAGGCUUCGGGUGACGAAGGAGAUGAUUUGAGUGAUGAGGACCUUGAUGGUGCACCCAUUGAACAAAUGGGCAUGGUCAUAGAUUGGCUUCAACAUGAACGUGUGAGGCUUAUACAAAAACGCCAAGCUAGGCAAGCUGAGGGCAUACCAUUAGUAAGGAAAAGGAAGCGGGGAGACAACGAUUCCCAAAGACAUUCAAGGAGGACAAACGUUGAGGGUGACAAAACCUUCAGGGCGCAGACACUAUCACUUGAGUGGAGUCGAGGCUUGGGUGGCCCGAACUCGAGGUCAAAAGGUCCGAGGGUACCUAAGUGCAACAAUUGCAAGAAACACCACUCGGGUAGGGCUGAGCAAAACCCGAUCCGACCCGAAAAACCCGAUAUUUUUUUCGGAUAUUAUCCGAACCGAAGUGGAUAUCCGACCCGAAAAACCCGAAACCGAAAAUCCGAUUAGUAUUGCGCCUAGACCGGGUGGCGGGUAGGGUUUGUGAAAUCCCAACCCGACCCGCCCGAAUAUCCGAAAUAUAUGUUAGUGUGUACUUUGAAUAUUUAAAUUAAUACUUAUGUUCAAUUAUUUGUGUAAUUAUUUGUGCAAUUUGUAUUAAAUUAUUUGUGUAAAUUGAAUGUGUAGUGAACUAGUGUGUACAACUUUUGUUAAAGUGGCAUUCCAACACUUUAACUAUCCAAUUAUAAUGUGUUUUGAUAUAGGGUUUUUUACAUGAAUAUUACUAAAAUCAAACUCAUUUACAUGAAUUACUAUGAUUUCAUUACUACUGUAGUAACU